CCGGCGGAGCUCUGAAGAUGGCGGCAGCUGCAGCGGUGGGAGGAAGGUCAGCUUACUACGGGACGGAGGGCGGCCGAGCCCCGAAGAGGCAGAAGACUGACGGGACAGACGACAACGUGGCGGCCAGUGCGGAAGGCUACGAGGACCCUCACAAGACGCCGGCUUCCCCGGUGGUCCACGUGAGGGGACUUGUCGAUGGUGUGGUGGAAGCUGAUCUUGCAGAGGCACUUCAGGAAUUUGGAACUAUAAGCUAUGUGGUAGUGAUGCCAAAGAAGAGGCAGGCACUGGUGGAGUUUGAGGACAUUCUAGGAGCUUGCAAUGCUGUAAACUAUGCUGCAGACAACCAGAUCUAUGUGGGUGGUCAUCCUGCCUUUAUUAAUUACUCCACCAGUCAGAAGAUAUCGCGCCCUGUGGACACAGGAGACGAUUCUAGAGGAGUCAACAACAUCCUUCUGUUCACCAUCUUAAACCCAAUCUAUUCAAUCACUACAGAUGUGCUGUACACUAUCUGUAAUCCAUGUGGACCAGUCCAGCGGAUUGUGAUCUUCAGGAAGAAUGGUGUCCAAGCUAUGGUGGAAUUCGACUCUGUUCAGAGUGCUCAGCGUGCUAAGGCCUCCCUUAAUGGGGCCGACAUCUAUUCUGGAUGCUGCACAUUAAAGAUUGAGUAUGCCAAGCCUACCAGACUGAAUGUCUUUAAAAAUGACCAGGACACUUGGGACUACACUAACCCAGCGUUGAGUGGACAAGUUGAUGCUGGAGGUAACCCUAACAAACGCCAGAGGAACCCACCGUUGUUGGGAGACCACCCUGCAGAGUAUGGUGGUCCUCAUGGUGGAUACCAUGGACACUAUCAUGAUGAUGCAUAUGGUCCUCCACCCCCACAUUAUGAAGGACGCAGGAUGGGUCCUCCUCCUGUUGGAGCUCCCCGCAGAGGUCCAGGUCGCUAUGGUCCUCAGUAUGGCCACCCUCCACCACCCCCUCCAGAAUAUGGCCCUCAUGCUGAUAGUCCAGUUUUGAUGGUGUAUGGUCUCGACCCCAGCAAAAUUAAUUGUGACAGAGUAUUCAACGUGUUUUGCCUGUAUGGCAAUGUAGAGAAGGUCAAGUUCAUGAAGAGCAAGCCUGGGGCCUGUAUGGUGGAAAUGGGUGAUGGAUAUGCGGUGGACAGAGCUCUUACCCAUCUGAACAACAAUUACAUGUUUGGGCAAAAGCUUAGUGUGUGUGUUUCGAAGCAGCAGUCUAUUGUUCCUGGUCAGUCCUAUGGCUUGGAGGAUGGAUCCUGCAGUUUUAAGGUGUUUAGUGGCUCUCGAAACAACCGGUUCACUUCCCCUGAACAAGCUGCAAAGAAUCGCAUUCAGCAGCCUAGCAAUGUGUUGCAUUUCUUCAAUGCUCCUCCAGAGGUGACUGAAGAGAACUUCUUUGAGAUCUGUGAGGAACUGGGUUUGAAGAAACCAUCUUCUGUCAAAGUGUUUUCUGGCAAAAGUGAGAGGAGCUCCUCUGGCUUGCUUGAAUGGGAAUCUAAGAGCGAUGCCCUUGAAACACUCGGCCUCCUGAAUCACUACCAGAUGAAGAAUCCUAAUGGGCCAUACCCAUACACCUUGAAGCUGUGCUUCUCCACUGCCCAGCAUGCAUCGUAA